AUGGCCGGCCUGAUCAGGUUGCGUGCCAGUCUGAGGAGUUUGCCGUCAGUUCCUCGGUCGUCGUUUGCUCGGACACCUCCGGCUUUACAAGUGGCGGCUUGGUUUCCAAGCCCGCUAUUUCAUUCUGCUAACAUUCGUGAGAGCCGUGCUUUACUGGUAGCAGCACUGGAUGUAUCCAAGGAUGGGUCCUCGGUGGUUCUGGCGAAUAGCCAGCCUCCCAAAGGGGUUAUUGAGACAUCGCGCAAUGCUGAUGCAGUAUGUUUCGACGUCGAUAGCACCGUCAUCCUGGAUGAGGGUAUUGACGAGCUUGCUGAUUUCUGUGGGGCAGGGAAAGCUGUUGCUGAAUGGACAUCAAAAGCCAUGACUGGGACUGUUCCAUUUGAGGAGGCGCUGUCAGCCAGGCUGUCUUUAAUCAAGCCAUCUCUCUCCCAGGUGGAGUGCCUGAAGAAGAGCCAAGGUAACCUCGCCUAUUAUAAACUUCAUGUUAAUAUAUAUGGUAGCUGGAUUUCUCCUGGAAUGGCUGAUUUGGUUAAGAAGCUAAAAGCUAAUAAUAUUGAUGUAUUCCUUGUGUCAGGAGGCUUCCGACAAAUGAUCAAGCCUGUGGCAUUUGAGCUUGGUAUUCCUCCUGAAAACAUCAUUGCAAACCAUCUGCUCUUUGGCACUUCGGGGGAGUACGCUGGAUUUGAUCCCACAGAGCCCACUUCACGCAGUGGGGACCAUGGCUACAAGGCAGUCGUUAUGAUUGGUGAUGGCGCAACUGAUCUUGAGGCUCGGCAACCUGGCGGGGCAGACUUGUUCAUCUGUUAUGCCGGUGUUCAAAUGAGAGAGCCAGUCGCAGUAGAAGCCGACUGGGUGGUUUUUUAUUUUCAAGAGCUGAUCACCAAGUUGUCAUAA